AACAAGUUUUAAUCUUGCUUCUCAGUACUAACAUGGGCUAAUCUGUAGAAGCAGCUUAUUCCAGUGUCACCCAGGGUACAGCCACACAAGGCUCUGCUGAAGGGUUUUCUUUUAAAUGUAACACUUUGUCUUUUCUUCUUAAAAAGUACCUGAGAAUAUUUACAUUACAGAUAAACAGUACAUGGUGGAAAAUUCUACUUUCAAGAGGGCUUAUUCUCUUCUUACAAGUCAUAGGACACAAGACAACAUGAAGGAGUGUGUGCUCCUAGUAUUCUUGGCUUUGUGCUCUGCCAAACCCUUAUUUCGCCCUUCGUACAUGAUGCUGAAGAAUAUGAUGCUGAAGGACAUGGAAGAUGAAGGUGAUGCUGAUGCUGACAACUCUCUUUUUCCAACCAGAGAGUCAAUUAACCCUUUCUUCCCAUUCAAUCUGUUUCCAAUCUGUCCGUUUGGAUGCCAGUGCUACUCAAGAGUUGUACACUGUUCUGAUCUAGGUUUGUCCUCCGUCCCAAGCAACAUUCCAUUUGAUACUCGAAUGCUUGACCUUCAAAACAAUAAAAUUAAGGAAAUCAAAGAAAAUGAUUUUAAAGGACUCUCUUCACUUUAUGCUUUGAUCCUCAACAACAACAAGCUAACAAAGAUUCACCCAAAAGCCUUUCUAACCACAAAAAAGUUGAGAAGACUAUACUUGUCCCACAAUCAACUAAAUGAAAUACCACUUAAUCUUCCCAAAUCAUUAGCAGAACUCAGAAUUCAUGAUAAUAAAGUUAAGAAAAUACAAAAGGAAACAUUCAAAGGAAUGAAUGCUUUACAUGUUCUGGAGAUGAGUGCAAAUCCUCUUGAGAGCAACGGAAUUGAGCCAGGGGCAUUUGAAGGGGUGACAGUGUUCCAUAUCAGAAUUGCAGAGGCAAAACUAACCUCAAUUCCUAAAGAACUACCAUCAACUCUAUUAGAGCUUCAUUUAGAUUUUAAUAAAAUUUCAACUGUGGAACUGGAGGAUUUUAAACGAUACAAAGAUCUACAGAGGCUGGGUCUAGGAAACAACAGAAUCACAGAUAUUGAAAAUGGAAGUCUCGCUAACAUACCACGCAUAAGAGAAAUACACUUGGAAAACAAUAAACUAAAAAAAAUCCCUUCAGGAUUACAGGAGUUGAAAUACCUCCAGAUCAUCUUCCUUCACUCUAAUUCAAUUACAAAAGUGGGAGUGAAUGACUUCUGCCCAACAGUGCCAAAGAUGAAGAAAUCAUUAUACAGUGCAAUAAGUUUAUUCAACAACCCAAUGAAGUACUGGGAAGUGCAACCUGCAACAUUUCGUUGUGUUUUGAGCAGAAUGAGCGUUCAGCUUGGGAACUUCAGAGAGUAAUAAUUAGUAAUUCCAUUUAAUGUAAAAUAAAAAAUUGUUACAUUUGGGGUACUUGAACUCUAUUAAUAAUGUUAGUGUUAUGCUCAGAAGUAAAAAUCUAUUCCCAUGUGGUACAUCCAGUGACUUAUUUUAGGACAAAAAUUGCAUUGAUUGCAGUUUUCUCUUCCAUACAAGUGAUUUUGCAUGUAUUUCAUUUUUGAAAAUUCUUCCUCAAAAAAAGAAGACAUUGAGUAUUUAACACUUUGUUACUAAGUAUAUUUUAAAAAGAACUGUACUGUAAAUGGAAUGCUUGACACUUAGCAAUAUCUGUGCUCUUUCGUUUGCUGUUAAAAAAAACAAAAUUAACAAGGGCAGUGACAUGAAGAGUGCAUUAUACUAUUCUUAUUUUUUCUUUAAUAACUCGGAUAGUACUGUAAGAUUUCUAAAAAUGUUAAAGUAUGGUUUGAUAUAAUCAUUCAAAUUAUCAUGUCUUAGGGCCUGUCUUUGUUUAAAACUUUAUAAUAAAACCUUCAGUAAGUAUUAUGACCAACUCCACAGAUGCUAUUCAUAAGAGCUGGUUUUUGAGCUAUAGCAUGUGCUUUACUUUUUAAAUUAUUAUUAUUCAAUUAUAAAACCUCUAUAAAAUGCAUAGUUGAGUGUUCAUAUAAAACCUGUAACUCACAACUUUUAUUAUCACAGUUAUUAUAAGCUUUUAAUAGUAUGUCAAUUCGUAGGUAAUGUAACAUUGUCACCUCAGUGCUAAUGGAUAUUUUCAAGACAUUCCUUUAUAAGGUCUUGUUUGGAAGAGUCUAGGCACUCUAAAUUCUACAGAAAUUGUCUCCUAAAAUAUGCACAGACUGGAUAACUCUGAAAAACACAACUGGUAUAACUAAACAGGUACUGCAUUAAACAAAACACAAAGAAACUAAAAGCUCUGAAAAAAGCAAGAGUAUUUUAUGUAUUUUUCAUUGGUAUUCAACAUAAGUAAAAGUGGAAAAUCAGGAAAACAUUAAAAAUUGGUUUGAAAUAAAA